AUGUGCAUCGAAUUUAUUUUUCAGCCAAAUACUUUACUUCAAAGCUGAAUAUUGUCCUGUUUAAAAAGUUAACUCUCAUAUUGCUGAGUCGUUUGUGACAUUUCUGAAGAAAGCGAGACACACCCAUACCUUUGUUUGUGUUUUUUCUUAUCACCAAGGAAGUAAAGCAACUAUUCACUCUGUAGACACUUUUUGGGUUAGAGCUCAUCAGCAGCCAACAUGAGAGGACAAUUUUCUGUCUCCUGACUAUCUGGAGCUAUCAUGAAGGCCACAGUUUCUGUCUCAUUCUGGAUUUCACUGCUGCUUCUGUCUUUCUGCUGCCGGCCUGCUGAAGCUUUUCCUGCAUUCCAUAAAGAAGAAGGUGAAAACCGCCUCAUUGGCUCCGAUAAUCCAAUCAUCGUCGCUCCCGGACAAGAUGUUAUCUUGCCGUGCCGCCUGGAGUUGGAGAUGGACCUGCUACAUAAAACCAUUGAGUGGUCCAAAGAGGGAAGUAAGACAGAGCCAGCCAGGAGGCGGAGCUGGAAAACCUACGUUUUCCUCUACAGGAGAGGAAUACAAAUUUCUGCCAUGAUGAUGCAGUUGUACAUUCAGAGGACGUCACUGUUUGAUGAAAGGCUGAGACAUGGAGACGUGUCGCUCAAGAUCAUGAAUGUGACGCUCGACGACAGCGGGACCUACGAUUGCUUCCUACCCGAAAGAGGUCAAAGGGCCAAAGUUCAGCUGGUUGUCAGCCCAGAUAUUCCAACCUCAACAACAAAGAUGCAGCUGUAUUUCAACAGCCCCACAAGCUUUUACAGAUGGGACGGGGACUCUCAGAGAAAUGGACAAACCAGUGUGUUUGUAUGUGUUUUCCUUGGAUUCUCCUUAGUUUUAUUGCUUUGUUUCAUCAUACGACGAUAUUUGAAUAACUGGGCGCCAUCCAAACCCAAGUAAACCAGUUUUGAUGGUUUUCCGAUCCUUUUGCUUCUUAAAAAAUGAAAGACAGCAUCAGAAGCGCUAGAGUGCCGGAAUGACCGCAGGAGCGGCAGAAUGACUGUGGGAGCGGCAAACUGACUGCAGAACCACCGGAUUGACCGCAGGAGUGGCAGAAUGACUGUGGGAGCAGUGGGUUGACCCUGUGAGCGGCCUAUUAGUGGUCAGGAGGUGCUCUGCUCCUAAUGUGGACCACCCUCUUCUUCAUCGUGGAUUCAGUUCUGCUCUGACUUCAUGAAGCCUUCCUUCACCCUGGAUGUUGAAAGCUUUUCAUUCCAUUCUGUGUGUCCGUGGGAAUGGCUGGAAAGUUAUGGCAUCGAUGUACAUAUUAAAUGAUGAUCGACAGUAUAAGUAUUUUACUUAACAGAAUAUUUAGAAUUAGACUUAAACCUUUUUCUAUUUCACAUUCAUUAAACUUCUAUACUACAGUUUACUUUUUGUUAUUUUUUAUCUCUUGUGCAUAAAAAAAAUUAAUUUAUACAGUUUUCAGUUGAGUUCCAGCAGAGUUUCAGUUAACCUUUAGUUGAGUUAUGUAUUGCUCGGUUGUCAAAAUCACGUCUUUCCUGCAUGACAGCAGCCCUGAACUAUUCAAAACUUGACACAGAUAAAACUUGACGCCUCUUGAAGCAGCGUUUUAGCCUGAAGGAAAGUUCCAGAAAGACCUGAAACUUCACUCUGGUGCUCCGUUUUUCCCCCUUUGGUCCAACUUCCUGUUGUAAUGUUUACGUUUAUUAGGUUUCUUUUCUAUCUCUGUCUCCACGUUUCUGCUUUAAAAACAUUUUCAAACUCUGACUUAAUGACUUCAGCAGUUAUGAUUUAGAGAUGGUAGUUUUGGACUAUUAGUGUUUAGUUUUCACUCCCUCUUUUAGCUGUGGGUUGACCCCCUGAGCGGCCUAUUAGCAAACUCGUUUAGGUAUUGUUAGGAUUAUGGGAUGGGUUAAGAACCAUAAAAAAUAUUACAAUUAUUUGACUUCGUCUAAUAUAUGAACC